AUGUCACCAAUCAAGGAUAUUCUCGUUCUCGGGGCUGGAGAGCUAGGAACGCAAGUACUGCUGUCCCUCGCCCAACAUCCUCGCGUGAAUAACAUCGUGGUUUCCGUCCUGUUACGGCCUUCCAGCAUCUCCUCCACGCGACCCCAAAAGGUACGGGAGCUCUCGCUACUUGGCGAGCACAACAUCGGGAUAGUUCCCGGCGACCUGGUCGCAGACUCUCAGGAAUCUCUGGCCCAGACCUUCCGCGGAUACGACACAAUCAUCGGCUGUACAGGCUUCGUGGCCGGUCGUGGAAUACAGAUCAAAUUAGCACAGGCUUUCGGAGUGGAUUAUGACAUUAUUGGACGAGGAUCCGCUCAGGAUCUCUUCGAUGAGCAGCUUGACGUUCGCGAUCUCCUCCGCUCCCAGACCAAGGCCCGAUGGACGAUCAUUUCCACCGGCAUGUACAUCAGCUUCCUUUUUGAGCCUUCCUUCGGGGUAAUCAAUCUCAGAGAUAACUCAAUUUGCGCCUUGGGCACUUGGGACACUAGGGUUACUGUCACUGCGCCCGAGGAUAUUGGAAAGCUCACCGCGGAAAUUGUUCUGGGCUCGGAGCCAGAUGAAGCAUUCAACAACCGACCGACUUUCGUUGCGGGUGACACAGUUAGUUAUACGGAACUGUUGCGGGUAGUGCAGGAGGUUACAGGGAGGACUUUUGCAAAGAGUGUACGCACGGUCGAGGCGGCGAAGGCCGAUCUUGCAAGGGAAUCGGAUAACUCGCUAUACAAGUGUCAGGUGGUCUUUGCGGAGGGUCGUGGCGUUGCAUGGGAUACGUCUACAACGUGGAAAUAUGAAUCGGGAGUAAAUGUUUUGUCAGUUAAGGGGUAUGCAAGUCGGUACCUAGGUUAG